AGUUAUAUAUAUCACAGAAUUUAAAAAUAAACACAAAUUCAUUGGCUUUUGUGUGCGUUUAAGCAGUUGUAAUUUUGACUAAAAAUAAUUUUAAAUAAAACUCAUCCCUCGCUGUACUCUAAGCGUUCAUUUCAUUAUACGAGUAAUUCUGGGAUAAUUUGUUUGCUCACAUUAAUAGCUCAAUUCAGUGUUUAAAACCAGUUUAUAACUAAUAAAAUGUAUACCACAACACAUGUGGCAGAUCCGGUGAUUAUAUUCGUGAUCGGAGGGCCCGGCUCUGGGAAAGGCACCCAAUGCGAGAGAAUUUCUAAAAAGUACGGUUUCACUCACUUAUCGACCGGCGAUUUGCUUCGAGAGGAAGUGGCCUCCGGUUCAGACUUAGGCAAGAGUUGUAACGAAGUGAUGAAAAAAGGCCAACUCGUGUCCGAUGAACAGGUGUUGGCGCUCCUCAAGAAGGCCAUCCACAACAAUGGCUGGACCAAUGGAUUUCUGGUCGACGGAUACCCGCGAAAUUUGGAUCAGGCGAUCGCCUUCGAGAAGGAAGUGGGUCCAGUCAAUAUAAUACUGUUCUUCCGGUGCAGCGAUGAUAUCAUGAUUCAGCGACUGAUGGACAGAGGGCUGACCAGCGGUCGGGUCGAUGACAACGACGAGACUAUUAAGCACCGAUUGGCCACAUUUCACGAGAACUCGGACUCCAUUCUGGAGAACUUCGGCGAGAAAGUGGUCUGUAUUUGUGCGGAAAGGGACCCAAAUGCCAUUUUCAACGACGUGGUCCGGGCGCUGGACACCCUUCCCAAGGGUUAAGAGGUUUCGGUUAAAAAACACAUCGAAAGACUUGAAUUUUAUUGAAAGAUCUCAACCUUUAAACCGAUUUGAUUAUUGUUUGUUUAAAUCCUAUACUCAAUAUUAAUAAUAAUUAUAAGUUUUCUCCCCUUUGACUGCAAUAUUUGAGUGAAUUUUAAAAGUUAAAAUGAAUUGCAAUUUUAAUAAGCGAUUUAUAACUAGUGUUCAGAAUAUUCUUUAAAUAAUUUCAAUAAACGAGUGAAUAAUACAAUUAUAAUUGAUUUUUAAGGAAUCGAAAUGUUUGAAAGACUAAUCAAUUUAUGCUAUAUAUAUGUUGUAUGUAUUGAAGGUUUUGAAGUUUAUAAGGAUUUGUAUGAUUUAAUGAAAUGUAUUUACGGG